AUGAUCCCAAACAGCACCUACGUUGCCUCUAGGACUGCGACUUUGAGAAAACUUGACUAUGCCAGGCGCAUGCUUGGAUGCGUGUACGCCGCGUGCUCGGCUUCCGCCGUGCGCGUGGAGCUUGCUUCUUCCGCGCUUUGCUGUCCACCUUUAUCCGAGCGCCUCAUCCACACGACACGCGCGUACGACUUGCCACGCAUUGACCCAAAGCGUGUCCGCGGGCACGAGAUUAUGCAGAACGCCAGACUGGGCUCGGAACAGCAAUCUUUUGAGUGCUGCUUUGCCUAUGCCGCACUCCCAGCAAUCGAUGUGGACCUCCAGCACGUGUCCGAUGCCUUCUACACAGGCAAGGCAUCUAUCCGUGUAGAUCUGCAGCUGGUGGAGGCUUUUCUGAGAAACAGGCAGGGAAACGUCGCCACGCUGGGACUGGUCAGGGUGGAUGAUGUGCUGCUUGAGAGGACCGAGGCUCGGCAGACUCUCAUGGAGGAGACGAGGUGGGAUAAGAGGCCAGAAGAGGUGGCGCAAGAGUUGAAGAUCUGGACCGAUUUGCUCAGCUUUCUAUUUCGCAAGGACCAGCAAGAGGAGCAAGUCGUUCCCUUCGAGGCGGCGCGGUCGAGCCGAGUGUCCAGCAGUCCUAGUAAUGCCCACUCUCGCCGGUCUCGACUCGACGGACUGGCCCUUUCUUCUAGCGCCAUUGCGCGCCUCGUGGGCUCGGUGCACAUCACGUGGCCAGGCGAUUCGCGAGCUGCUCCACUCUACAAUCCAUCACCUAUGGACAGUAUGAACGUUGACCUGCGCUUUUGGCAGAACAUGGCUGCUCAGAGCAAGAUCACCGUGAAUCAUUUAGCUCUCAGUGGGUCCGACUAUCGUCUUGGUCCUCUAUGGCGACGCCUGCGGGUUCGGCAAUGUUUGACGCUGUACACUUGCACCCACGCGAUGCGGCCGGCUCACUGGUCUCGGCUAGAAGACCUGCCAACUGCGGAUGACAAGCUUGACGGGACCGGUCGCAAUGUCGCCUUGAGAUUUGUCCAGGGCCGCCUGGACUGGAGCAGGCGCAGAGCGCCCCAGUGGCCACUCAAUUGGGUCGUCCAUUUUGCCAGGGUUCAGCUACGCAGAAGAAGAGGUGAAGUCUACCCACCCUUCGAUCGCGUACGCUUGGAGUUGGUCGGCGAAGAUGAGCGCUCGUUCGAAGACUUUAAAGAGGUUCUCGAAGCUCUGCCAGAGAAGUAUCUCGAUUGCAAAGAAUUCGAACUGAUUCGGCGAGAGGAAGGAGGCAAUCAGAUCUCGCUCGAGCGGGAGGAAUGGGCUUCUGGCGCGUCCUUGUACUCUAUUCCGGAAGCGGCCCAGGCGUACAGAAGUCAUCAAGGCAAGCGUGAGGCAUCUUGUGAGGACUUCCGAAUGCCGUGGUGCGAGUGUGAUCUCGAAGGAGGUCCAGUCGAAUCCUAUGAAGAGGAGCUAGAGCACAACAACUGGAGUGCAGAUGAGAUGUUCGACGAAGAGAAUUUCGAAGACGCAGCGGAGCUCAAAGACUGGAAGAAGGCUAUAGAGAAAGUACACGAUGCGUUUGCUAGAACGGCGAGCAGGAGAUGGAGUGAAGAAGCGCGACGACGACAGAGGUGA